CAGAUCUAGAUGGACCGAUCGAGCUUGCGGAUAACAGUUUAUAAAGCAGCACGAGCUCAGUAUAUAUACAGCUCGAGCUCGAGCAGACCACAGGACACCUACUCAUACACACAAAUCACAACCACCAACGGAACCAAAAGUAUAGUAGCGGUACUCCGGCACCAACCACGGCAAUGGCUGCACCGACGGCGGCCUGCCCGGCGGCCUACUCGUGGGCGCCGCAGGACGGGGCACAGCGCGGGCAGAAGGUGUUCAUGCAGGUCUGCGCGGGGUGCCACGUCGUCAUGCUCCCCUACGCCGGCCUCCGCGCGGCGGCGCAGGGCGAGGUGGGAGCUCAGACGGCCGAGAUCAUGGUCGCAGAGGAAGCUGUGACGGCUGCGAGACCCCCAUCCGGUGGCUCAUACACGCCGGACCUCACCGCCCUCACCACAAAAAUCCAUGAAGGGGCGGCUCUGUACACCACAGGGGGCAAGAUCACGACGACGAUGCCUAGGAUGCUCACCGGCGGUGUCUCCAUGUGCCAAGAGCUGAUGAAGAAGAUGGCGCCACCGAGCGCCAUGUGGAUGCAGCUUGCCCAGCCCUACAUUGAAACUAUCCAGAUGGCUUGAUCGGUCGACCCGUAUCCAGAGUUGUGCUGACUUGAGUAGUAUUGAGAAUAAAUCCCUCGUGUACACGAUGUUCAGAAUGGGGGAAGGUUUUUCGAUAUCGUCCCAUGUUUUUGAUGGAGUGUAUCUUUGAUCUCAGUGUGCAUUGUAUGGCGAGUGAGUCUACAUGAUAAUAUCUCAUCCUAAAGCACGGUAAAAAAGAAUGUCAACAUCAUCAA